AAAGAAGGGGGCUUUCUUCUCCUAAUACACUUCAUAGACGAUCUCCAAAUUAAACUGCAUUUUGGCGGUGUUUGGAGAUAGAUUGAAGUUUCAAACGCUUGUGUACUAAAACAACCAAAGAAUAUGAAGAGGAAAACAGUUAUAAAGGUGCACAUGAAGUGCCAAAAAUGCCGAACCAAGGCCUUGGAGAUCGCUGCAACGGCGAAAGGUGUGAGUUCAGUGGCCAUAGAAGGGAAGGAAAGAGAUCAGGUGGUGGUGGUUGGAGAUGGAGUGGACCCCAUCAAGUUGACGAGCUUGAUGAGGAAGAAGGUGGGCCAUGCAGAUCUUAUUAGCGUACAAGAAGUAAAGCCAAAAGAUGAAAAGGAGUCGAAGAUUGAAGUGAAAGAUCAACGGCUAUGGAAAUCAGAUUGGCCACAGUAUCCACAAUAUCCCCAGUGUCCUCAGUAUCCCUACGUUGUUAAAUAUGAGCCGGUUUACGACCCCACCCCUGGUUGUUCUAUCAUGUGAAUCACAUGUUCAUAUGUAAUACCUUAUGUUCAAAACUGUCACCCAUGUGAGACAUCGGAACCGUUCAUCAGGUGGGCCACACGGAGUAGUUGGCCUAGCUGAAAAUCAGGCCACUCAUCAGGUAGACUUUGAAGACAAUGGCUAGUUCAUACACAUGUAGCCCAAGAGAUGAAUGGCCAAACAAGAUUUUUGCUCCAGGUCGCCUAAACUGUGGGGCCUGCCUGAUGCAUGCCUUAAAU